AUGAGACAAUCACUAUAUAAACAGAAAUUGACCUCUCCGAAGAGUGACAUAGCUGGCACCAGUUACGCCAGCCUUGUCAAGGUAGCCAACGUCCCAUCCGGCCCAGCCUACCGGUAUAUUUUCUCGGAACCAUCUAGCUCCUUGAAGCCCUACCUGCUGUUUAUUCACGGAUUUCCCUCAACCUCAUUUGACUGGCGCCAUCAGAUCGACUACUUUGUCAGCAGGGGAUAUGGUAUCGUCGCGCCUGACCUGCUCGGUUUUGGCGGUACAGACAAUCCUUUAGAUCUCGAGGAAUUUACCUUGAAGAGACAGGUCUUGGAUAUUGGUGCUAUUCUGGACUGUGAAGGCAUUGACAAUGUGUUUGCAAUUGGUCAUGACUUUAGUGGUUCUGUCAUACUAUCACGCGUGAUAACUUAUCUGGGCGAACGUAUCAAGGGAAGCGCAUUCGUUGGUGUUGGCUAUUCACCACCUCCCAUGGCUUUCAAUCAAGCUGGAGUCGAAGCCAUCAACAAUGCCAGCCUCGAUGCCAUCGGCUAUCCACCCUUCGGCUACUGGUAUUUUAUGAAUGAAGACGAUGUGGCCCCUAUCAUGGACGAACAUUUUGACUCUGCCUACACCCUAACCUACAGCUCCAACGCCACUUACCUGAAAGAGCACUUCUCUCCAGUGGGAGAAUACAAGAAGUGGCUUCUGGCGGAUCGCAUCGCGCCCUGGACUACCUUUAUCACAGAAGACGAGAAAGACAUUUUCGAAAAUAUUACCAUGUCCCAGGGAGGCUUCGAUGGGCCAGUCAAGUCAUACAAAUCCCUCAUGAGAGACUACAAUGCGGCCGAUGAAAAAGCUAUUCCAAAAUCCGAGGCUGUCAUUAAACACCCUGUUCUACUUCUAACCGCGAGCAAGGAUGUUGUUGGUAUCGCCAGUUCCCAGAUUACCAACACUGCGCCUUAUGCUGCUGAUAUUCGGAUCAAGUCAGUUGAUGCAGGCCACUUUUUGCAGUUGGAAAAGCCCGACGAAGUCAGUCUGGGCAUUCACAACUUUGUGAAGGAAGUCAUGGCAGAGACUGUUUGCUUGUAG